UUUCCCUCUGCUUCCACCGCUCCGUUGCUCUUUUCUCCACUAGAAAGAGCAGCAAAGACUAACUGGAGUUGGGGCCCCAGAGAGAAGAUCUGAUCAGAACGAGGAUUGAGAGAGAGAGAGAGCGCAAAAACACAACUUCACAGCUCUCUUCCUCAUUUUUCAUCUAAAGGUGAAUAUCUGCAGGACAGGCAAGGCGCUGGCCCACAUGCUUCAGGAGGUGGCAGGUUUCAGGACUAGAGCAGCCAGCAGUAGAUUCCAGCACAGCAAGUUCUGUGUUCUUUUGAUUCAGAGAUCGGGUGCAAAGGGCCAACCACUAGUCAAUUUUUGAGAAGGAAAACAGAAACAAAAAGGAAUUGAAGCAAUCUGUUUCUUUUAAAGGUAAAGGUGAGGUGGCACAAAUGUCAUCCAGUUUUCUGAGCAUCUCUUUAUUGCCUGUGUUACACUCACAGGUCAAAUGCAGCAUGAAGACAAUGAGAAUAUCCAACUGGCUGUGCCAGAAAUACUGUCUGCUCCCUGCUUUCUUAGAGCUAAAAGAAAAUUCAGUAAAUUUUGGAGUUGAAUGCUUCAUCCUCUUCCCUCAUAAACUUGUGGAGGUGACAGAUGUUUCCUUGGGGCCUGUUAUUUUAGACACCUCCAUGAUUUAUAUAUCUCUGGAAGCCUGAUGCGUGGAAUUGGAUGUCACAGACAAGCUGAAAAUAACUUCUUUGUGCUCGUAUACAGACUCUGGUAUCUAUUGGCCCAUGUGGAAAAAUUCCAAAUUGAAUCAUGUUAUCUGUGCCUGGCAGAUGCAUUGAGAUGUACAGAUGGAGCAAUGAUGAGUUAAAGUGAAGUGGAAAUGUUUCGUGGAGAGCACUGGCAAGAACUCUGCAGUAACAUUGUGCACAGCAGAACCACCAUGGCAUAGCCCUCAUGAUUGUUUUGAAAAACUGGCUGCUUGCGGCUUGGAUGAGUGGACUCUUCGAUGGGUAAAAAACUGGAUGAAUGGCUGGGCCCAGAGAGUUGUGCAUUUCUCAGAGAACCUGGAUCACUUCUCUGACAACAUGGAGGAUUUCUCCAAUGACCUGUUCAGCAGUUUCUUCGAUGACCCAGUACUGGCUGAGAAGAACCCACUGCUGGACAUGGACCUGGAUCCACCCACUCCAGGCAUCCAGGCAGAGCACAGCUAUUCCCUCAGUGGAGACUCUGCUCCCCAGAGCCCCCUUGUGCCUGUCAAGGCUGAAGAUAAUACUAAUGAUUCCAAUAGAAAUUACUCCAGCUCCUGUGAUCAAAGCUGAACCCAAAGAGGUGAACCAGUUUCUAAAUGUUCCUACAGUAGAUGACCUGGUGCAGAUGCCUCCAACUCCACCCAGCAGCCAUGGCAGUGACAGCGAUGGAUCUCAGAGCCCUCGGUCCCUGCCUCCCUCCAGCCCAGCCCGGCCUGCUGCUCGCUCUUCUACUGCCAUCUCCUCCUCACCUCUCCUCACAGCACCACACAAGUUACAAGGAACCUCUGGCCCGCUGCUCUUGACUGAAGAGGAGAAGCGCACCUUGAUUGCCGAGGGUUACCCCAUUCCUACCAAGCUGCCCCUCACCAAAGCAGAGGAGAAAGCACUGAAGAGAGUCAGGAGGAAAAUCAAAAACAAGAUCUCUGCUCAGGAGAGUCGCAGGAAGAAGAAAGAGUAUGUGGAGUGUCUAGAGAAAAAGGUCGAGACAUACACAACAGAAAACAAUGAACUCUGGAAAAAAGUGGAGACCUUAGAAAAUGCAAACAGGACUCUGCUCCAGCAGUUACAGAAGCUGCAGGCUCUGGUAGCUGGGAAAGUCUCCAGACCUUAUAAAAUGGCUUCCACGCAGACCGGGACCUGUCUAAUGGUGCUGGCACUCUGCUUCGUUCUGAUCCUGGGAUCCCUGAUGCCCUGUCUCCCUGAGUUCUCCUCAGCAUCACAGACAGUGAAAGCAACACCAGCACCAGACAUUUACACAACUAGUAAGAUUCAGUCACGGAGCCUUCUUUUCUAUGAUGAGGGUGCUGGCUCCUUAGAAGAGAGCUAUAGCUCCUUCCUAACCAUGGACCAUCCUGAGGGGUGGGAGGCUGAAAAAAGGCAAUCUGAGGAGGGAAGGCCUCAUCUGGCCAGGACACAUGAGACAGCCAAAUAUCUGAGCAAAACCCAGCUGGAGGGUCCUGACCAGAACCGAACUGACACAACUCUCACCCACCUCAAAGAGCAAUUCCAUGAGAGGGAGACAAGCUCCAGUGAGACAACUGAAUUCUUGUAGCAGCUGCUGGACCUCAAGGCCUCAUUUGUCAGAUUGCAGGAUUCCCUCCUCACCAAGCAACUGAGGGGACUUGGCAGGAGAGGACACUGCAUUCAGACACUAGUAAACUGGCCUUGGGUUCAGCUCCUCCCCUUCCCCAUUCUUCCCAUUAGUAAUGAUCUCUCUAAGGGGAGUCACAGGACUGCCAGAACCAGCAAUAGAUCUCUGGAGAAGCCCUGGACACCCUCUUCUCCUGGCCUUACCUCCUGCUUAAGUGAGCACUACCCUAUGGAUGUGGGCUCACCUUGAAGUGGAGGGAGAUCAGGGGAAGCCCCCAAACUACUCAGCUCACUCCCCAAAGCCUCCAGACCCAGGGGGCUGUCCCCAGCUCUGUACCCCUUGGCUACAUCAGAUGCACCUGAAGGAGAGAGAGAAGACAGUGUUGGAUUUACUGUCCUGCCUGGGAGACUUAGGAGUGGGUGAUGCUGGUGCUGGAGAGAUGGCUCUGGAGAGUUUGAGCUCAUUCCUUGCCCUCCAUCAGUUAGUAUAUUUCUCCUUCCAUUGAGAGAAAACCUAGUUCUUCCUUGCUCUAGUUUUCUCUUGAUGGACAUGCCUACGUAAUUUCAACGCCAAAUAUCUGCAAAAAUCUGCACACAAACGGAGUGGGGAAGACAGAUCCCAGACAGAUAAAUCACCAUAAAAAUUAGCCAGCAGCUUCUAGACAACCAGAGCUCUGAAAUAGAUAACAAUUUUCCCCCACAACCCACUUCUCCCCACCCUCAGCACCCCUGCUUUGGCAGGAGUGGUAUUUCUCCAUCUGUUCCCAGCUUGGGCCCUACAGUGCAGUGCUAGCCAGGUCAGUGGUCUUCUCGCUUUCCAUUCUGGAGGCAUUUCCUUUGAGAGUGAGUGAAACACAUUCCUAUAAUCUGACCCCCGUCCCAGCUCUCCAUCCCCAAUUCGGCCUCAUGACAAAUGGGGUCUUUCUAGGAACCACCAAGGAAGGCUCUGAAACCCAUUGGAGGUCUGUCAGAUUAGCCAUCGUUCCCCUCACAUCCUCCAUGUGCACACAACACAGUGUUGUGAAAACCACUGAGGACAUACUGGCAUUUCUUGAGACAGGUACAUCUGUCAGGAAAGGGGUGGCAUGUUGGAAUUGGCCAGGGUAACGAAAGACAGUCUUAGACCUCUUCCUUCUAAGUACUGACACGAAAGGUAGCAAAUGCUUGCCAUACCAUCCCUCAGGCGAGACUUGCCAAUUUUGGUGUUGAAGUGACCUCAUCUCAAGCCUGUGCCAUCCUUUUUAGCACCCAGACACUCAUUUCUGAUCCUUCUCCCUCCCCAUCAAAAGCCCCGUAGAAAGGCUUAAGUGUCUCCUCGCUCCAUUCCCUCAGCUGCCAUUUGAUGAAAGGACAACGUGGGACAUGAGUGUUGGAGAUCUGCGAUGUGGCAGGUUGCCCCAUGUUUUAACACGGGAGUCCCUGCACACUCUGUCAGGUCUCACAGCAGGUUCCUCUUCCACUUGCUUCUCAUCAAGCACCCUGGACUCACUCUGCACUGCCCCAGCCUCUCCUCUUCGUCCAGUCUGGGAGUGGAGAAGGCCCCCUGGAGAGGAAGGAUGGGAUGGCUCUUGCUCAAUGAAUAGGAGAAGCGAGGGAAGGGCCCUCAUAUCCUUCUUUUCUACCUUUUGAAAAUUGGUUUUGCCACCAAAGCCAUUUAGGAAAAAUUUGGACACAGCUAGCUGCAGCCAUACCUGCAUGGCCAGUGGGGUGAGGAAGAAGGUGGCUUUCAGCAUAGCUCUUCUCAAGGUCACCAGAUACCACUGCAUUUUCCAACCUCCACCUCCACCCCAGCACAAAGAACCACUGCUGGGUCCAAGCACGCCUUCCUCCACCCCAGCACUUCCACUGAGCAUGUCCCCAUGCCUCUCACUCCCACCGUUGUACAGAGACCAAGAGCAGAACUCGUUUGUACAUAAUGAACCUUAUUUUGUAUUAUUGCCGAUCCCUUAAGAUAUUGUAUUUUGGAGACUCUCAGAUCCUAUUUUCAGUAUUGUAUUUUAUUAAGAAUUAGUGCGGGCUUGGCAUCUAUCAACUUCUUGUAGCAGCUCACUUUCCACUUAUACUCCAGCAGCUGCCUCUUCUCUCCUCUUUGGUUGGUUUUUUUUUUUUUUGGUUGGUUGGUUUGUGGGGUUUUUUUUAAUUUUUUUUUUUGUUUGUUUUUAGUUUUUUCCAAGCCACCUUUUCUCCUCCUCCUAUCACUUGCUCUGCAUUUGCUUUGUGAAGCAAAAUAAAAAUAAAAUAAAAAGUUGCAGCAUCAA